AUAGACAUGUCAUCAAAGAAGAAUGAUUUGAAGAUUGACGAGAGAGUGUUGCAAUAUAAAGCACAGCUAUAUGAGCAGGCUUUGGAGCAUCUCAAGGUUACCAUCCCUCAGAGGAUCAUAGAUUACCAGAAGCUUGCACACAUCUUGCAAUCUCACAACACAUUGAAGAAGCACUAUGUCGAUCUGAUUGAAACAUUCUCUGUCAUUCGUUGCUGGAUCUCGUUGAAUGUUCCAAGAAUCGAGGAUGGAAACAACUUUGGCGUCGAUAUCCAAGAGGAGAUGAUUGGCACUCUCACCAAGUUGGAGGACAUCUACACCACUCUGCUGGAGCAGUCAGAAAACUACUUUAUCCAUCGCGCCAACACCAUCAAGAAGGCGCUCAAGCAUCGCGAUAUCGAUGACUUUAAGCAAGCGAUUAUACAACAAGAUGAGAAGGAGCUGAUCAGGUUCCGCUUCUCCUACCACGACCUCGCCAACAACUACGCCACAACAUACUCGACGAUCAUCAAGAACUUCCAGAAGUUGGAGGCUCCAAGACCAACAUCAUCAGCAAUAAAUAUG